GGGCCAGUUUCCAAUCACCAUAGACUCUUUUAACAGGAAAAUAUUUAUAUUCUACUGCUUCAUGAUUGCAGAUAUCAUCUUGAACUCCUUUGGCAACUUCAUGUCAAUGAGAAGAGGAUAUGUGGACGAUAAUUCGGUUAACCCCAACUAUGACGACAAAUUAGGAGAAAUUUUGGCUAUUAUUUUUCAUGGCUUACAGGUCAUCAUCCAGCUAAGCAUCCUGUUCUGGGUCUUUUUCCUGUUCUGGAAGACCUUCCUGUUUCAGUAUGGUCUGAUCUUAUCACUGAUCAAGGAAUUCCCUUUGCUGAUGACAAUUGUGUUGUUCAACAUUGUAUUUUUGAUUGGAGAGAGAUUCUCCAAACUAUGGCUACAGUUUCUGGGAAAUGAUAAAAUAGCAAUCUAUGACCUGUACGAUAGCUGGUACUAUAGGACAGCCUAUUACAUUAGGAAUAUGAUCACCCCCAUUGCUUAUGGAGUAUGACUUAAGUCUUCCAUUACUGUUGGAGACCCAGAUUUAUACAAACCUUACAAAUGGAUUAGGCAUUAGGAGCCCUAAUUUCAAAUUUAAAUUGCGCUUAAAUUUCAAUUCU